AAUCAGUUCCUCAGAGGCAGUUGAGCAGAUAAGUGCCACGUCUAAUUGGAGGGAUGAAGCAGUCACGUGGCUACAUCAUCGGCGGAGCCGUCGCGGUGGUGCUGGUGGUGAUCGUGGUGAUGGCGGUGCUUGUGUCACCCAAGCCAGAGAUCCGUGCCUGCCCCGCCUCCUACGAGAGCCAUCCCUUGAUCCUGGUGUCUCUCGAUGGCUUCCGGGCGGACUAUCUCGAGAAAGGCCUCACGCCUGGCCUGCAGGCGCUUGUGGAUGGGGGGGUCCACGCCCCCUUCAUGAAGCCCUCGUACCCCACCCUCACCUUCCCUAACCACUACACCAUUGUCACGGGCCUGUACCCGGAGUCCCACGGCAUCAUCGCCAACAAGUUCUACGACCCGGAGUACCAUGCUACCUUCUCCAUGGGCAGCGAGGAGUCCCUGCAGGGCCGCUGGUGGGGCGGCGAGCCAAUCUGGAACACUCUCACGCGCCAAGGUAAAAUGAGCGCGACGUUCUUCUGGCCGGGCUCCGAAGCCGACAUUGGGGGCCAGCACCCGACCUACUGGUUGCCCUACAACGACGACACGCUCUUCAGCGAGCGCGUCCAGCAGGUCCUUAGUUGGAUCACUCUGCCAGCUGAAGACAGGCCGGCCUGGGUCUCCCUGUACCUCAAUGAGCCAGACCACACGGGCCACGGGGAGGGACCCGACAGCAACCAGGUCGAGGCCCUGAUUAUGUACGCGGACCGCUCGAUCCAGCAGUUGGUGUCAGGGCUGGAGGACCUUGGCUUGCUCGACUGCGUGAACCUGGUGCUGGUGGCUGACCACGGCAUGGUGGCUUCGGGGCUGGACAAGAUCAUCAAACUCCAGGACUACGUGGCCGACAUCUACGACCUCGCCUACACGUACUCCGGCGCCUUUGGGAGAAUCAGCCUGAAGAACGACAGCGAAGGGAUCGAGAUGGACGUCCUCGAGAAGCUGACGUGCCGGAGGAGUCCCCAGCCACGAUACCCCCGAACCCCCCGACGCGGGUUUCCCCUUAAACAAAACCGCCGCAUCGAAAAUAUCGUGCUCGACCUCGACGCCGGCUACACCGUCAGCGUCUCCUCCGAUUUCUACCUCGAGGGUCAGCAUGGAUACGACAACUAUGAGCAGAAGAUGAAUGUAAGCGUUAGGGCUGAUGGAGGGGAAAAAUUUACCAGGAAAAGACUUUUAGACACAACCCGCUUCAUCAACAGCUUUCCGUCCGACAUAGCGAAGACUCACUUAGAUCAAAGUCAAAGUCCUUCUUCCUUUCCCCAGGAGGCGAAGCCGCCCGCCGCCUCCUACCCCAGCGCCGAGGUAGAGGUGGCUCGGCUGACGCUGUCAGGCUGCGAGGGAGACCUGGCGGCUGUUGAGCCCUGGAUGUCAAGCCUGGAUCUGUCGGAGGCGCAGAAGCAGGAGGCGGAGGCCCGACAUCUCCCUUGGGGCGUCCUGCACUCGGGGAACCUAUCUGCCUCGCUGGUCCUCCUGAACCAAAGCCAAACCCCGUAA